UGUGGCCCAUUAAAAUAUAGGAAUUAAGACCACAAUCAUAUAAUUGUGCAUACAGUUUUGAGAAUAUUCGUGUACCUGAAACCCUGAUCUGUAGUGGUGGAUAAUUUGACAAAGAUCUGACACUCCAAUACAUCUGCGUUAAAGGGAUAUAGGUUGAAAACGACAGCAGCUAAUCUGCAACUCAGAAGCAUACUCUAGAUCAUGCCGUCAUUUCAUCCAGAAACUUUCAGUUCCAAUAGGAAGUUCGAAGUCUACACUAAUACGUACCCUCUUAUUCCAGGCCUUGUUCUAGUCGGGUGGUAUAUCAAAAUCCCCAAUCUGAAAAGCGGUAUGCCCGACAUACAAAGCUCGGGGGACGCCGCAGCGAUUGAGGCUACUCAAGAACUUGUCCUAAGACGCAGUGGACAACACAUUCGUAUCGGCAAACACGGCAUAAUGUUGUUAUCUGGUAUGCUUUAUGACUAUCAGAGGAUGAAGCUAUCUACCGACGAAGACGAUGGACGUGAAAUGCGCUCCAAAGACCGGCGUGUAUCCUCAACAAAGGUUGGUAUUGUGAGAGGAUGUCAAAUCGCUGAAUUUAGGAAGACUUUUGAACACCUCCAGAUAUCCGAGGACAUGAAGAAAGAUCACACAAGACACAUCAAUCUUCUAGCUCGAAAUCUUAUUCAGACAGGCUGUUUGGAAUGGCCUCGAUAUUGGGCUGCCUGCAAACGACCUUCUAUUUUCGACAAGAAGACGAUAGAAACCGAGCGUGUGACUCUUCUCAAACCUUCACGGAGGCCAUAUAGCUAUGGCUGCUGCAAAGAAUACAAUGAAGCACCCCCUACACAACAGGAGAAGGUUCCGCCUGGACCGUCCAAGGCGCAAAUCACUAUAGACCAGCAGACACCUCAAAUUUCGGCGCAACAAGACCAUCACAUGGCUCCAUUAACGUUAGAAAAUCUAAGUGUUGUUUCCGGGGGGCACAAAACACAAGUCUGUCCACGUAGUCAUAAGAGUAGACGUUCAGGCACAGACAUAGAGCGCGUCCACCACAAGGGCAUACAAACCGCAGACUCCGCAGACAAAAAAAUUGAUAUCCAAGCCCCAUCUACUAAAAGGCCUCAUUCAAGACGAGCAAAAGUGAUAUCCCUGUACGGCGAAGACUCAGAUCCAGGUAGUAGCAAGCAAAGAUUUGCUCCUCCGUGGCACGAUAUGCAUUUCAGUCGCAAGUCAUCAAUAUCGUCCGAUUAUCCUGCUACGUCAGAUUCAGGAUUGGGGUCAUCGGUAGCAUCAACUACAUCUAGAUUUCUCCAUGCAAGCUCCAGCUUUAAACCGAAAGCUAGGCUUGAUCUGAAUGUAGGUGGUCGCGAUAUUCAUGUACUUCAUGGACCGGGUCGAACGUAUAAGCCAUCUUCCGAUGACGGUUAUGAAACAGAGUAUAAUAUCAAAGUAAGGAAACCGAAGAAACAACUCGGACCUAACCACGUUGCUGCCAUGGCGGUUUAAUCAUGUUUCAAAAUUAUCAUUGUUUUUUAUUUGUCUUUACUUGUUGUUUAUUGUAUUAUCUGAGCUAUGCUUGCUCCUCUAUGCUUUUAACGGUGGCGUUGAAGAAAUAUAUACCCUAUUGCAAGUUGAAGCAUUAUUGAUACCAGCAAGAUAGUGUGAUGUGGCAUAUACCUAGCUCUUUCUUCUAAGAUUUGACACCGCAACAAGCUUGAAUAUUUAAUCUCAGAGCACUGUAUUAGAUGUGUCACUG